CUACAAACAUAAGAACUGUUCUCACAAGAAAAAAAAGAGAGAGAGAGAGAACCCAAAACAGUAAUCUCCAGACUAGUUUCAUGUAAAAAUGUUCAGCAAUCACUUUUGCAGCGGACUAAUAAAAGAUCCUGAUUUCUGAUCCUCAAAAUACUAGUUUUAUGAUACUUAAAAGAUUGAGAUUUGACGGGCUCUGCCUGAGGCCUCCAUAGUCCCAGCCUGUACUUGUGGAUGUGUCUCAAGAUCAACUUCCUCUGCAUUCAUCUUGGAACUUUGUCUGAAUGCUUUUCCUUAUAUGUAAGUGGUUAUAGGAUCAAAUUUCAAAGUCAAUGUUUAUACUGAAAAAUGGAUGUGAGGGAGUUCCCGAUUCAAAGUAUUUUGUUCAAUAAAGCUUUUCUGUUGUUAUAUUCAAUUUGGAAUGAAUUCAUAUGUAUGGCAAUCAACUUAAUGAUGGUAUGGAAAUUGAUUGAUUUUACAAACAAUUAUAUUCAAUUCCUCUUGUUAUGAAUAAAAUGAUGUCAUUUCAUGAGGUUAUCUUCUUUUUUGAAAAUAAAAAUAAAAAUUAUUAUGUUUCUUUUUUUCACCUUCCUUUUCCCCCCUCUUUCUGGAACUUCAACUUCAUUCUGCAGUGCCCAAGAGCAUCAGAAGAACAUGAACCCUUAUCAUCUCAUCAUGGAGCAGCCUCUACGCUCUCUACAGGGCUCUUAGUUGAUACAAAUCUGGGAACAUCACCUCCUGACACUUAUAGACCACCCCCUGCACCAAUUCCAUAUGAUGUGGAUUUAGGACAUCCUCAAACUCCACCAGCUGCUGAAGAAAGCUGUGUUAACAAGAAUGACACUGCAGUGCAAACAACAAAUUCUGGAUCUCUUGGAGAAGCAGUUGAGGGUAAUAUGUUAGAAACUUUAGCUAAAUGUGAAGACUUAAAGCAGUCAGACUGCAAGAUGCUAGCCCAAUCUGAACUUACUUCAUCAAAAGAAACAGAAGUUGAACUUUCAAAGUCAGGUGAUCCAAUUGUUUCCUCAACAGACGAGGAGGAUGUUUGCCCCACCUGUCUUGAAGAGUAUGAUGCGGAGAAUCCAAAAAUUGUCACUAAAUGUGAGCAUCAUUUUCACCUUGCAUGCAUUCUUGAGUGGAUGGAAAGAAGUGACACCUGCCCUGUGUGUGAUAAGGAAAUGAUAUUCAACACUGCCACCAAUGCGUAGCUUUCAGUGGCUCGAGAAAAUUCAACCUCUUAACUUUUGAUAUUAAAGCUCAAGAAAAAAGGUUACUGUUGCAUGAGUUCUCACCUUUCUAGUGUUCAUUGUUCUGGGGCAGGCACAUACUCGGCUGUGUUGUUUUGGCUCUUUCCUUUGUUUCUUUUUUUUUGGUGUUUAGGGAGAUGUGGGCCUGCUUGAUGGUAAAUCUCUUUAUGAUUUUCUUUCUUUUCGACUUUCAGAAAAGGGGAAAAAAGAGAAGAAGAAAAAAGGAAAAAGGAAAAGAAAGGUAUUUGGAGGCAAAUGUUACAAAAAUUCCCAAGGUCCGUUAUCCAUUUGUUAUACGUUCAUCCUUAGUGCUUAGGUCAAUGGAGUAGCAGUGAUACAAUGACGAGUCGAUUAGGCAUUGAAGGCAGAGAGAUUCUAGCGUAAAGAAGUACAUAUUAAAUCCACCUUCUGUGCCUUUUUGGUUGCUUUGAUCUUCUUUCCUGUAUAGCAUCUUUUUUGAGUCUGGAAACUUGGAUCCUUUGAGCCAUUGCUUUUAUAAUUUUUUUUCUUCUGAAUUUGUUCUGUAAAUUGCACACAAUGACAUAGUCUUUUUGCCUUCACAUUUGUCAGCAAGAUAGUUAAACCAGGAUUGGUUGAUAAGGCAUACUGUGUGUUACUUGAUUCAUGCGUAUAUAAAUUAAUCUGGUUUCCAAA